AUGGAUUUUAAGUCCAUUUGUUGUGCUCUUCUCUUUGCUAUUUUUCUUCUGAUUGCUGGACCGGUUGUCUAUUAUAUUGCUAGUCACAAUGGAACAGGACGUCAUCCAAAACAGAUCCUACCAGUCCCCGGCGAAUCCACUCUUUCUUCCACUUCCGAACCUUCCGAUCUUCUUGCCACCUCCACAUCCUCUCCUCUUUCGCAAAACAUCUUCGUUGACGGCUACAUGGUUGGAGGAGGAGAGCGUGUGCUGGAUACAUCGGACGCCGAUGCCUCAUCCCAGAUGGAGAAAAAUAUCAAACGCCGACAUGACACCAAUUCUGAUUCCACUGGGUCGAAGGCGUUGCCAAUUGAAGAGCAUAAGAAAAAGACAUUGGAGAUUUCUGAUGACGACGCCUUUGACAAUGAUAGCACGAAGAAGCAUUAUUCUCAUUUUCCUAAAACCGUGAAACGAGUGGAAUUAGAUUCUUCGGAACUUCAAAUCAAGUCUGGAUCAACAAUUCAUGACUUCAACAACUUGGCUUCAGAGGAAUCAAAAAGCACCGUAGACCAAAACCUGAAAAAAACGGCCCCAAGGAAUCAUUUUUCUGAUUCUCAGGAGAACAACAAGAUGGAACCAUCCAAAUCAACUGAAAGCGCUGGAAAAAAUUCAAAGGAAAUUCACUCAAAAGAAGAAAACGACGACGAAUCGGAUAUCGUCCACCAUGACCAGAGUGAAAAGUCAUUGAAAAAAGAUAACAGCAAAGAAGAUUAUCGCUAUGAAGUUGAAGAGGAAGUCGAGGAGACCAAGAUUUUGAAUAAGAAAAAUCAUGGGAACUAA